UAAUAAAUUAAAAAGAAAAAUAUAGCUAGGAUAGAGAAAGUAAUUGGGGGCGCCAAACAAGGUCUUGGGUGUCAGGAAGUUUUGACUCCAGUAGUAGGAGAGAACUGAACUGUAGCUGGAACUACACUAGUAUCUAGCGGAAUUGCACGCUCCGUUCCAUUUCCCUUCAUCCCAAGAGGCCCCCGUUUGCCGUUCGCCCUCGCCGCCAUUGCCGAAAUCUCAGCUUGCUCUAUCCUAUCAAUUCAAGCUCAGCCACUCUCAUCUUUCCUAACCUUCCCUGGUAAGGUUCAGAACCGCAUUCCAUCCUCCAUCUCUUCGAGGUUUUCCUAGUUAUAUUUCCCGGCCGCAAAUGUAGUAGUUUCGAGUUUUCUUUCGCUUAAUCCUGAUUUCGGCCCCUAUUUGUUUCUUCUCUUGUGGCCAAUCUACAGAUGAUACUGCGGGCAUCGAUGGCGAGAAAUCAGAGUGGCGGCGAGGCAAUGCUGGAUACUAAGGACUUCACAUGGCGAAUCCCUAAUUUCUCGAAGCUGAAAGAUGAGAUCUAUUCCGAUGCAUUUUUCGCCGGCGGUUCCAGAUGGAGAGUCCUCUGCUUUCCAAAGGGAAAUGAAGUUGAUUUCCUUUCCCUGUAUCUGGAUUUUGACGAUGGGGAAACGAUGCCUGCUGGAUGGAGUAAGUACGUAGAGUUCAGCAUUACUAUUGUCAACCAAAUCAGUGGCCGCCUCUCCAGAAAGUUCUGUUCCACACAUGUUUUCAAGGAACAAGAGGAGGAUUGGGGAUUCACAUCUUUCAUUGGUCUCGACGAGCUUCACAGUCGUAGUAAAGGAUUCCUUGUGGAUGAUACCCUAGUGAUUAAAGCUCGAGUCACCACGGAACAAGAGUUGUCGAUAUCUGCAGGUGAUCCAGAAGUUAUUGAGCCUGAGUCGGAGACUGAAUCUAGAGGUGUCCCAUCUACGCCACCACUAUCCAGCAACAAGGUUGCUCGAACCAACACCAUCACAAGUCCAUGCUCCUCAUCAGUAAAGUUGACUUCAAGGAACCUGAUAGCAGAACUUUCAACUAUGGCUAGUUGUGGGGAAUUGACUACUUCAGUUGAUGGAAUACCUGGUUCAAAUGCAGACGACCGCUGGUCUGGUUUAGUCCAGCAACAAAGACAAAUACUGAACAACUUCUUUGGGAUGUCACUCGAGGCCAUCAGCCAGGCCAAUUCCUUUGACCAUAUACAGCAAGCUGUCCUGAAAUUUGCCGAGCAUGCUACUGAUCCAUUCGAGAAGACGGUGCUUAAGGACUUGGUAUCACGCCUGGUAGAGUUUAAGGACAGCAUCCCACAGUCUCUUACCAUUGUUGAAACUUCAAGCGAUGUUGAAAAGUCCACUGUGCAGGCAACAAAGGAUCUGGAGGGAAGGCUAGUUCAGAGGCAGAAACAAUUGAAGUUCCUUGAGUCGGAAGUUUCGAGGAUUGAGGAGGAGGAGAUGAAGGUGGAGGCAGAAAUCCAGCGGUUGGGGGCUCUCAGAGUGAAACUUGUUAAUGAGAAGAAUUUGACAGUAGGUGAAAUGGAGGUGGCCAACCGAGAGGCCUCCAAGGAACUGGGGGAACUGAAGGGGAAACAGUUAGAGCGAAAGCAAGCUAGGGAGAACAAGCUGAGAGCUAAGGAGAGGCUAGCUCAGUCUAAUGCUAGCUGGAAGCUUUUCAAGGAGAACCUGGGACUGUAAGGGAGAACAGACUCUUAUUGUUUCAUGUAUGUACAGGUGGUAACUCAGACAGAUGGUAAAUAUAAACCCACAAGAAAUGCUACCAUUCUACUUCUCUUAUGAUGCUGCAUCAGACUUCUUUGCCAUCGCUUUUUCAUCUUCUUCCACCUUCCUCAUCGUCUCCUUCUCCUUGGCAGCUUAAAGCGCUUCAACCAAUUUCCUCAUAAACACACCUCUGCUGCAUCUUCCUCAUCCGAUUUUGGCAUCAAAUUUUCUGCAACAUCAGGAGUCAUCUGCAUCUCCCGCAGAAGCACCUCAAUCUCCGCAAACAACUCAUGUGCCUCUACAUCCAAGUAGUUCUUUGCCAGCAGCUUGAACGCCUCGAAGGAACAGUAAGACAUCUCUAUAUGCUUGUCCAUACUCCCUCUCCUAAUCAAUGCUAGAUCGAGUUUGUCGACAUAGUUCGUUAUGAACACGAUGAUUUUCUCCCCUCCACAUGCUUCUGACCAUAUUCCGUCGAUGAAGUUCAGUAAUCUUGAUAACGUCACCCUGCUCUCAUCGUUGUUCCCCCCCUGCAUUUUCUACAUCCUUUUUAGCUUUGGCCAGAGGUUCUUUCUCGUUCUCUGCUUCUUCUUCUUCUUCUUCUUCAUCCUCGCCGCUCUUUCCUGCUUUCUUUUUGCCUUUUUCGCUGGCCGGUGAGAUCAAGCGAACAAUCAAUGUCCUCGAUCACGAUUAUCAACUUGCUUGUCGUCUCAAUCACCAGUUUCCUUAGCUUGGAGUUGUCAUCAGCUCCAAAUCGUAGAUGUCAUAGUUCAAGAAAUUAGCCAUGGCAUCGAUCAUGUUGGACUUCCCAGUUACCAAUUUGCUUGCAUCUCAUUCGCUGCCAUCCCUGUCGCUUCCGACCACUCGGGAGCUUCUAGGGCUUGGACACCGAGAUGGAGGUUCUCAGACAAUGGUGUCGGCGAUGGCAUCACACUGACUUUCAGCAGGCCGCACCAAUUCUUCUAAUGGGAAGAAACUGAGAAUUGAGCGGAACAAAAAAUAUUGACCUCCAGUUCGUUUUACUAUUUUCAAGGAGUGAGGGGUCUAAUUGUAAAUAUCAAUAAGUUAAAUUCUUUGAAUAAAUAUCAUACAUUUUAUUAGUUAAUAAUUAGUUAUAAAUUCACCAAAUUAUUAUAGCAUGCUAACACUUUUUUUUGUUAGCAUGGGCCUAACACUAGCUCAAGACAAUAUGAAUAUUUCGUUUGGAUAACUUUUCAAUUUAAAUGAGUUGGCUUCACUUAAUGAAGGGAAAUGGAAAGAGAAGCAUGCUGGUUAUUAAUAAAAAUUGGGAGAAGGGGAGGGGAGACCAGCUGUUCUUUUUGCAUUAAAUGUGAGAAAGGGAGGGAGACCACCAAAAUAGGCCGGUCCAGAAACUCUACAAAGUAUGUCAGAACUUCAAAGCAUGACAGAACCUCCACAAAGUAGGUCAGAACCUCAAAAUAGGCAAUAUCCUGAAAGUAGGUCAGAACCUCCUCAAAGUAGGCCAUAACCGCAAGUAAACCAGAAAGUUUUUCAUAGCAGGUCAGAAGUUUCUUAGAAGUGGACUUGUUUGUAGAUUUUAAAAGCUUCGAUACCAAAAUGUAAGAAAUAAAAAAAUUCAAGUACUAAAAUGUAAUUUUCCAUCAAUUUAUUAUGACUGAAAUGUAAGAAAUUUAAUUUUGGAUACUAAAUAUUAAUAACUAUUAAGUUCAUGUGCAAAAACUGUAAUUUGUAAAUGAACCAUAGAAAAACAACAUGAAUUGAUGGAGGAGGGGAAGGGAGAUGGGAAGAAAAAAGAUAUGGUUACUAUAAUACCCUUAUAGUAAGUGUUAGUAUGACUGUAUGGAGCCAAGACUUAAAGGAUUUAGCACCCUAUCCACUCCCAAAAUAUUAUCAAUGAUGCGAGUACAUUUAAUGCACUGAAAAAUUGGAGUGCACUAAAUGCCCUAUUUAGACCACUAAUUUAAUCGAGUUUGGGGCAAUGAUAAUAUAUCCUAACUUUCAAUGGAUAAACCCUAGGUCUCUAUUUUCUAAACCCAAAUUUCAAUUUAAAAGAAAACAACAAUUGAGUGUUGAGAUUGGUCGGAGAGCUCAUCGAAGUACAUCUAAAAGUCAGAGAAUCUAGAGCAUACAAGUCGUCUCAACACACAUAUAUGGUUUUGUCUUCGAUGCACUCACUACUUCAAUGCACUCAAUUUUUGAGGUGUAUUCAACGCACCCAACUCUAAAAUUAGUGAUACGACAUCAAAUGUUCGAACUGGUAGCGCUCUAACUUCUCUCUCAUUCAUUGUGUAACCCUUCUUUUUGUAACCGAUUGUUUUAGCAUGCAACAUAUAAGAACUAAACUUCGUAACCCCUUUAUUUAUGAAUUGUCAGGAUUGAGCAAGACCCCGCCACAAGUGUGAACAGUGGCCGUUGUUUUUCAAGCACUAGUGUGAACGAAACUGCAGUGCAGAUUGCAGAAGAUGUGAUGUGAAACCGGCCGGGAUUAAGAAAUUGCAGAUUCAUACUUAUUGUUCUGAACAAAAAUACCCUUAAAACUUCUCAAUUAGGGAACAAAGAUACCUGCCCUCCCCAACUAAAAGAUCCCAAAUGAUAUUGUUGAUUCGUUGGACCCAUGUAUAGUCAUAAAUUUUGGCCAACUUCAUAGGUAAUACCCAAAAAAUUUGGGAAUAAGUCCUUCAAUUUAACUUCUUACGUAUAUUGUUUUUAAACCAAUACAAUUUAAUAGUCAAUCUUUAAUUUUGUACAAACUUGUAAUCAUAUUUAUUGAAAUAGAAUCAUUCCUAAAAAAAGAAUAGAAUUUAUCUAUGUUAUUUAAAACAAUCCCUCUUGACUAGUGUGAUGUCCUCCAUUUAAUAUGUGUAUAUAUGUACGUACUUAUUUUAUUUUAAAACUUCUGUUUCCAUACUAUUUUCAUUUGAUAGUUCAUGUACUAAACACGUAUAAUUUUUUUUAAUAUGUUUAAUAUAUGUAUUUUCAUUGAACUAAUAAAUUGAUAAUUUGAAC